CCUGUUCUAGCUUCGAAUGAUUGUAACGACAAAAUAAUAAACCUUAAUGGCAUACUAAAUGCCUCUAGAAAUACUUAGUUAUCCAUUUAUAAGUAUCAGGCAAUUAUAAUUCGAAAUAGGAAGGUAAAGUGUCCCGAUGAGCUUUACCAUAUGUAGAUAAUCAAACAGUACUUAGAUCUGGAAAACUGGUGGAAGACGAAAUAUUCAUCUGUUGAAAAAAUUUUUAGCUUGUUUGUCUAUCGGAAGUUGAAAAACGUGUUGGAAUAAACUUAUUUGCAUUUGCAAAUAACAGCCUUGAAUUCGGCAGGAAUACAGAUUGAUGCAUAUUUGUUUGGAAGUUGUUGAAGUGCUCUAAGUCUGGAAGUAUCUAUAUUAGACAGUGACAUUUUGGAUAGUUUGGACCAGUUGCAGUGUGAUUUUAGCAAGUAAAAAUGAAUCCAGGGUUGAUACUUUUUGCCAUUCUAAUGGGCGUGAUCACUAUCCUAGUGUACCUAGUGAUCAAAAGGUAUAAAUAUUGGGAAAGGAGAAAUGUACCUACAGGAGACUUGAUGCCAUUUUUUGGUGAUUUUUACGGCCUCGUUCACAAUAUUGUUUCCCCCGCUGAGCUGUUCGAGUACAUGUACAACAAGGUGCCAUCAGACCACAGAUAUGUGGGCCUCUUUUUCUUCCACGUCCCAGUUUUGAUGCCGAGGACGCCAGAUCUUAUCAAGCAGAUUUGUGUAAGGGAUAGUGAUCAUUUUGCAGAUCAUGGAAACAUCAUCAUCAACAGUGCAGAUGACUUGUGGCAAAAGGCUGUUUUUCCUCUCAAAGGUCAAGAAUGGAAAGAUGUACGCUCGAUGCUCUCCCCCAUCCUAACUGGCAACAAGGUGAAACUGAUGUAUCCACUGAUAAACCAUCAAAUUGAGAACUUCCUAGGGUUCUUCAAAGAACAGGAAGAGGACAUAGUGGAGGUGGACUUCAAGGAUUGUAUGCUCAGGGUACUCAACGAUAUUACUUCAGACGUAGCUUUGGGAAUAGAAGUUGACUCUUUCAGAGAUAGGGACAACAUUGUUUACAAAACUGGGGUAUCGGCUUGCAACCUAUGUGAGCCGUGGAAGAAAGUGAUAUUGCUGCUGUAUACCUUGUGUCAAUUCAUACCUAAGACCUUAGGCCUAUCUUUAUUCCCUCCAAGGGCACGAGAAUUCUUCUUGAACAUAGUUAAAGACACCAUGAAAAAGCGCAAGGAGGAACACCUCAAGAGAGACGAUAUGAUAGGACUUCUUAUCGAACUCAGGAAUGCACAGCUCAAGGCAAGUGAAGAGGCUGGACCGAAGGCUAAGCCACAAAAAGUGAUGACAGUCCAAGAGAUGGCUUCCUAUAUUUUCGUCAUGUAUUUUGGCGUUAUAGAUUCUGUGACCACAGUGCUGGCCUUCUUGGCCUGGGAGUUGGCUAUGGCUCCUGAAAUCCAGGAGAGGCUGAGGAGGGAGUGCGACAGCUUGGCAUCUAGCACCAACGAGGCGACUCAUCAAGAUAUCCAAGGCUUGAAGUAUCUGGAUAUGGUCCUGAGUGAGGUGCUCAGGAAAUGGCCAGGCGCCAUUGCCACAGACAGAUUAGUCACCAAAUCCUAUACCAUAGAGCCUGAAUUGCCUCACGAAAAACCUGUACAUCUGAAGGAGGGGGAUAACAUCAUGAUACCAAUCUACGCCCUCCACAGGGACGCAAAAUACUUUCCAGAACCAGAAAAAUUCGACCCGGAAAGGUUUUCACCCCAAAGGAAGCACGAGAUGAACUCCAAUGCCUAUAUUCCUUUUGGAAUAGGCCCCAGGCAUUGCUUUGGAACUAAAUUCAGCACAAUUUUGAUGAAGCAGAUCUUCUAUAAGUUGAUGCUGUCCUUUGAGAUCGUGCCAGUGGAGAAUACCAAAAGGAAACUGGAGAUGGAUAAAUCUGCACUGAGUUUGUAUCCUGUAGGUGGUUUUAAACUGGGACUCAAAAGAAGGAAGUAAAUAUGUGUAUUUUUUUUAUAUAAUAGAGAAGAUGUUUCACGUUUUAGUAUUUUAUUAUGUGAAUGAAUUGUACACUUCUUCAUUUAUGUUUGUGCAAAUUAUAAAUGUAUGUCUAACAUUGAAAAACCUGAUGUUUCAUUUUCACCGAAAUCAAACAUUAUUGUUUUUCAUGUCAAAUGAACUUAUAUUAUUCAAAUAACUGUAACAAUGAUUCGAAUAAAAUUGAGCACUCACUGUGAAUUUCACACAAA